AUGCAAGAGCCCCAGUUGUUUGUACGAGAGGCUUCCAUGCUGCAGUUCAUGUCGUAUGUCACAGAACAGCCAGGCUGGGAAAACAAGUGCGAGGACCCGCAGACACUGGAAGAAUGGCACCAGCACGCUGAUUCGGUCUUCGAGCUCGAUGAACCUUCAUGGCAGUGGUGUGUAAGAGAGUUGCGAGACAAAGCGUCUGAUUUCAAACGCACUGGCUAUGUUGCUGUGUUUGAUGCAAACUUACGAGUCAUCAAAUCUCAGGUUUCUGGCGAUCUUCUCAGAGAGCUUCGCGAAUCCAUGUCGCUGCUUUUUUCGAAAUUGGGAUCUGAUUCGUCUUCUACCUCAGCUGAUGCUCCUGGGGGUGAUUCUGAGAGUCCAGUUCGACAUGUGGUUGACCCAUUUAUGUAUCCUCUCGUUUAUGGGCGCACUCCAGUUCUUACCGACGGUGGAAAGGUUGAUGUGGAGAGACCGGAGUCCUGGAGAUCAUCACAGUCUCAGAUUGCUCCGAUUCCCAAGAACCAUUCAACAGAGAAGAAGAGAUGCAUUUCAAAGAGAGAGAAGAAAAAGGCAAAACUGAUUGCCGGCGUUGUGGAAAGUAUAGAUACUGGUCGACUGCCUUUCAAUGCCUUCCUUGUGAAAUUACUUUUAACGAGCAAGGAGGAUCUAAAAUUCCCUCUUAUGUCAGUGGUGGGCAUCCAAAGGAAAGGGGUAUAUACCAAGCGCUCGAAGGGCUCAUUUCGGCUGCCAUGCAGCCGUGGAAUGAAAUGCUUAUCUCUGGGGACCAAGAUCGGACACCAGUUCGAAUCAGGACUUAUGACUUCCAAGUCGAAGGUUCGGAUGAUUGGCCCGAGGUGCAUCGUUGCCUGUAAAACGCAAGGGAGGGACGGAUACCCAUCACAGAUGAAGAAUGGCCUGGUAUUAUAUCGCGAGUUAGAGAAUAUCUUAGUCUCCCUGAUCCCGAGAGGCAAUCCCGCGUAUGGCCUGACACUGGGUACUAUGACAUUAUCGCCAGUAUGGAGCCAUGGCAGUGGAGUCCUUCCAAAGAACUGGAAGAACCAGUCCUCUCCAAAUGGAGUCGGCUGUAUUCCGUGA